AUGGAAACGGGCCACCACCACCUGCUGCUGCGAAACAACCACCUGCAGCCGCCACAAUCGCCGUCACAUUUAGACCCCCCGAGUGCCUCCGCUCCCGCCUCCGUGCCUGUGGUUGAAACCGAAGGCAAAUUGCACACGUUCGAGCGACUCCACGCUGAAGGGUUCGCGUACCUCGCGGACAACUCCUACAUCCGGUCGGGCUAUCGGCUGCACUAUUCGGCUCAAGACUGCUUUUUAUCGCUGUUUGAGCUCCACAAUGAGACACUCAACGUGUGGACGCAUAUUAUGGGCUCCUUUAUCUUUCUCAUGCUCAUGCUCUAUCUAGCACUGUCAGGUCAUGCCCUGUCUCGAGCUACAGACGGAGGAUCGCGCGUCGUCAAUUCCAAGACGACACUGCAGACCUGGUGCCAUACACACGAGCCAUAUUUGAUUCAUGGACAUCAUACUCCACGGCUGUUCCUGGCUGGGAGCUUACCAGAGCUCUGUUCACCCGCUUUAAGCCUUGCUGCUCCAGCCAAGUACUAUGAAGUAGCAAGCGCGAUCUUUGACCACAGUUUACAACGACUGCCCAGUCUUGAGCGCUUCCACGCGCUCGUGGAGCACAAUGUUGGUGGGUUUUCCGACUCGGUGGGGGCGCAAAUGGAGCAAUUACGUCACGAACUUGGUGCUCUAUCGACACGACUGGGAGCUCAUGUCCGUGAUACGCCUUCGGAGCACGUGCGUUCGCUCAAGACGCAGCUGGACGAUCGGGUCCAAUCACUUUCGGUGUUUAUACAGGAUGUAGCGAGCCAAGUGGGUGCCGAUUUGCCCAUGAAGUACGUGCUGGAGGAACUCCAUGGCGUCGCGGAGAGUGUUCGUGGUGGACUACACAUAUUAGCAAUGGAAGAGGGACCGCACGACGUGCCUCAUUGGCCACUCUUUGUCUUUAUGGCCAGCGCCGUGAUUUGUCUCACGUGCAGCGCAGUCUUCCACUUGAUGUUUGUGGUGAGUCGCUCGGCCUAUACGCUCUUGUCACGACUGGAUUACGCUGGCAUUACGAUUCUCAUUGCUGGAUCGUUUUAUCCGAUGAUUUACUACUCGUUUUACUGCCACCCGUGGCAGCGCAGUGUCUAUCUGGUCGCGAUCACGACUUUGGCGGCACUGACGUUCACCGUGGCGCUGCUGCCGAUCUUCGGCACGCCUCGAUUCCUCUUGGCACGUACGUGCAUCUUUCUGGCGCUGGGAUUCUUCGGUUUGGUUCCGGUGACUCAUUUGGUGUGGCAUUUCGGUCUUUCGGACCCUCAUGUGACGAUCAUGAUCGGGCCACUGCUGCUGAUGGGAUUGCUGUAUACGAGCGGUGCCGUCAUUUACGUGACCAAGUUCCCAGAGCGCUUUUAUCCAGGUCGCUUUGACCUGUGGUUCUCGAGCCACCAGCUUUGGCACAUUUGCGUCGUGGCGGCCGCGCUCGUGCACUUUGCCAAUGCUCUACAGCAAUACGAGUGGCGUUGGAACACGCAGUGCGAAGCAUAG